AGACUCCAACUACGGAUUUCCACCAAUCUGUGUAAUUUUGUAACCUUUUCCAUAGUGCCAAGUGGUGGCUUGUUAUUACCCAAAUAGUUCAAAACUUUUGUUUGCAUUCAGUUUCAACUCCAAUUCAAAAGCACAAAACAAUUCAAUGGAGAAUGACAGCGAGUCUAAGCCGUCAGUGAUGAUCACAAAUGACGACGGAAUUGAUGCUCCCGGCUUGAGAUCUCUUGUUCGCGUUCUUGUCUCCUCUAAUCUCUUCAAUGUCCUCGUUUGUGCUCCCGAUUCUGAAAAAUCAGCUGUUAGCCAUUGUGUCUCAUGGCAACACCCUCUUUCCGUCAAGAAGGUGGACAUCAGUGGAGCAACAGCCUUUGCAGUUUCUGGAACCCCAGCAGACUGCACUUCCAUCGGGAUCUCCAAAGUGCUCUUCCCCUUUGUACCUGAUCUGGUUGUCAGCGGUAUUAAUAAGGGUAGCAAUUGCGGUUAUCACAUUGUUUACUCAGGGACAGUGGCUGGUGCACGAGAGGCUUUCUUCAAUGGUGUUCCUUCUGUCUCAUUGUCAUAUGAAUGGGUUGCUGGAAAAAGCAAGGAUGAUGAUUUCGUAUUGGCCGCUGAAGCUUGCAUGCCAAUCAUUACAGCUAUAUCGACUGAGAUCAAGAAUAAUACUUAUCCUCAAAAUUGCUUUCUUAACAUAGAUGUACCAGCUGAUGUUGCCAAUUGCAAGGGUUAUCGUCUGACGAAGCAAGGCAAGACUAUUUUCAAAAUGGGAUGGAGGCAAGUUGUUUCAGAAGCACAAGGAGGAAGAAUGUUAUCCACAAUGACAAUGGAUUCAUCAGCUAGUAAAGAGGCAUCUGUGGAAGAGAGCACCUUAAGCACAGGACAAGAACACCUAAUAUUUAAGAGAGAAGUUAGGGGAACACAAAUGGAUGAAGGUGAUAAUGAUUACUCUUUCCUUCGACAAGGAUAUAUAACUGUUACACCCCUUGGCGCCUUAUCUCCUCCACCGAUGGAUGGAGUUGAAUUCUUCGAAGGAUGGCUGCCUGGUGUGCACUAGCGUGUCUCUUCAUCUGCCUAAUAGUGCUCGGAGGAUGCUGCUGAAACAAGGCACUUGCAGCUGAUCAGUCCAUACAUUACAUAAGUCUUGCAAAUGCGUUUCAUUCUUAUCUCUAUCAUCCUUCGCAGUUCAAUGAUUGUUCUUGUACUCCAAAUUUAUGUGACCAUAGUGAACUAGUAGUAAUUAAGUCAUUUAUCUUCUUUGAUGCCAUUUCUAGUGUAACUGCACUCCCAGAUCAAGAAAAGCUGUUUCUUAUAAUAGCUUCUGCUUUAUUUCUA